AUGUCUCCGGGCGGCUAUGGAGCAGCCGUGGCACCGGGGCCGGAUGCCGGGCUGGGCACGAAAUUUUCGGAGGCCAUUAAGGCCAACAGCCGCGACAACCAGCUACCAUCCCAGGAGUUGAGCGAGGAUGGGCGGAAGCUUUUACACGCUUUGAAGGAGGCUUACAUGGACACGGAUUUCCAGGCAGAGGUGCAUCGUUUACGCGCCAGUCAUUCAGCCGAUGAACUGCGAUUUUUGACCACCCUGGGGCCGUUGGCAGCGAAGGUUCAGGCCCCGGUGUUUGAACAAUUUGGGCUGCCACCAGGGCAACGCGGCGUGAUCUUGAUGAAGAUGGGAGUGCGUUUACUAUCCAUGGUGGCACCAGACAUCAAGGAAUUGGCAGGUGAUUUGCGUGAAAUGCUGUGCCUUCCGCGGGAGGAGGAAGACAUCUCCAGUACCAUCAAGAAAGCUGAGUCUGAAUUCCAAGCGUUGGAGCGGAAGAUCGCUUCAGCGCCCUUGGACGUCCGGGGGCCCUUGGCCGAAGCAUUCCUGCUGCCAUACAAGGCCAGUCCCACGGAGAUUGCGCAGGCCAUCCCUGGAUUGCAGAAGCGAGCCAAAGAGCUGGCGAAGCAUCAUAUGGCCAGGGGUCGAGACGAAAUCAUCGGCGAGGGCAAGCUCUUGGGAUUCGACCUGGCGCACGCCAGCGAGGAGCUCCUCCAAGAGAAAGUGCAAGAUCUCUUCGAAAGGUAUUUGCAGAAGAUGUUGAGUCGCGUCAUCACGCCCCUGGACUCCUUCACCCGGCCAGCUGCAGACUUUUCCUGCAGCUGGGCUCAAGAGUUGGUGUCCCACGAGGUGAUCCAAGAUCUUUGGGGCAGCGGCAAGCACUUCGAGGACCUGUCGGACCUGUCGGGUGUCGCCAUUCUGGACCACACGGUCACAGCAGAGCUGAUCAGCCGGGCCAGGCUGGAGCUGGCACAACUGGAGCUGGCGGGGGAAGUCACAGCUUCCAAGGAUCCUUGCAACGUGGGGGCCUGUUCCGUAUGGCUUCACCUGGACUCCACUGAGGAGAGACAGAAAGUACCUCCUGCCCUGCGAGAUCUUUGUGAUCGGCUGCUAGGACUCCCUGAUGCCUUGCUGUCGCAGGCGCGAGAUGAGUCACUGCAGGCACCACAGCUGCGGGUGCAUCCCCACAUCAUGGCAGCCACCUACCGGCCGGGAGCAGAGUACCACUGUCAUAAGGAUAGCUACAGUGGCACGGACAACCAACGAAGUGUGACCAUUUUGCUGUACCUCAACGACUGGCAGCCGGGCGACGGCGGCGAACUCCGCCUUUUUGCGCCGGCCAAAAACCCGGCGGCCACAGCAACGGCCCUGGGCAGUUCCGGCCUGCUCAAGGAGUCAGCCACAGCUCCCGACCAUGAGCGCUUCGUGGACCUGGCUCCCCUGAGUGGUCGCAUCGUGAUGUUCCGCUCGAGGGAGGUGUGGCAUGCGGUGCGGGAACCGCGGCUGCAACGCUGGGCGCUGACCUUGUGGGUCAUGGCAGAUUGA